CAUGCAAAUGAGCAGCCCCAUUGCUGGGCCUUCACCGAGGCGUCCUCCCUGUGUGGUGUGCCCUUUCUGUUUCCCUUACCCCCUGCAGGCUCACGUCCUGCUGGCUUUGACGGAAGAGAGAGACCCCAGCCCCAACUGUGAGGUCCCAUCAAGUGGGACAACAGUGGGAGCUUCCAGAAGGCGGGACACUGGGCUGGGCCAGGCCCGCUGGCGCCCUGGGCUUGUGGCUCCACCUCCGUAGCUGUGCAAGGGGGACUUCCUCACUGGGGGCCACCACCACCCUUGUGCUCUCCAAAGGGCCAGACCCGUCAUCCUGGGCUGAGCUGGGCCUGUGUUGCUGGAAGCCCAGGCCCUCACGCCAGGGGUAUCCGGAGAGUCUAUUUGAAGGGCCAGCCCUGGGACUCGGGUACCUGCAGUCAGGAGAGGAAACAGAGGCCCGCAGAGGACAAGUGACUGCCCUGAGGUCCCCCAGGGAGGCAGUGGUGGACCAGCCUUUGGACUCGGGCCAGCACGUGCCGAAAACACCUGCCCGGGAGGAACAGGGAGGCAUGAAGCUGGUUAGCUCGCCUAGGUUCCACGCGGGCGCGGCGGACGACGGCGGGGGCUACACGGUGGAGGUCAGCAUCAACGACUACCUGGACAUCUACUGCCCGCACUACGGGGCGCCGCUGCCGCCGGCCGAGCGCAUGGAGCACUACGUGCUGUACAUGGUCAACGGCGAGGGCCACGCGUCCUGCGACCACCGGCAGCGCGGCUUCAAGCGCUGGGAGUGCAACCGGCCCGCGGCGCCCGGGGGGCCGCUCAAGUUCUCGGAGAAGUUCCAGCUCUUCACGCCCUUCUCCCUCGGCUUCGAGUUCCGUCCGGGCCAUGAGUACUACUACAUCUCUGCCACACCGCCCAAUGCUGUGGACCGACCCUGCCUGAGGCUGAAGGUUUACGUGCGGCCAACCAACGAGACCCUGUACGAGGCCCCGGAGCCCAUCUUCACCAGCAAUAACUCGUGCAGUGGCUUGGGCGCCUGCCAGCUGGUCCUCAGCACUGUCCCUGUGCUGUGGACCCUCCUGGGCUCCUAGUCCCGGCCCACCUGGAUGCCCCGCCUAGAGACCAGCUAGAGACUCCGUUUCUCCCACGACUGGUGCUGCCCUGCCAGGCAGGGGGGAGCUGUCCACCGCCCCAGGGCCAGCCCUGGGGGGCGCGGCUGAAGGCCCUGAUGCCUGAGAGGCCGGGCGUCUGUCCAGCCUCCCGGCCAAGCCAUUCCUCCCAGGGUGCCG